AUGCAGCCUUUUGGUCUAAGUUUAUUAUCAGAAAGUUCCAGAGAAUAUGAAAUUUUUAAAAAAGCAUUUUCUGGUCUUUCAAUACAAAGAAUAAGACAAAUUCGCAAAACAGAUUCUAGUGUAGUUACCAACCCUGAUUUGAUAUUAGACAAUUUUAUGAAGUUUGCAGAACUUGAUCUUAACUAUAUAACUGGAUCAACCUUGCCACAUGAUGAAACAACAAUUUCUUCAAUUGAUGAUAUACAUCCAAAAAUAAAUUAUAUUUUACAAAAUGAUGCAGUUGCUACACAAGUUCGUGCUAUUGCAUUAAAGGUUCCUAUUGGUAAAAUUCCACCAAUGAUAGUAGCAAUGUUGCCAACAAAAGGUGAUGAAUCUGCUGAUCAAAUUUCAAAUUUGUUACGUGAAGUAAUUGAAUUAGCAAAUGUUGCAAAUUUAAAUAUAUUAAGUUUUGGAUCAGAUGGAGCUAGAUCUGAAUUCAAUGCACAAUCAAUCAUUAUGAAUGAAGCAUCUGGUUUUCUUGAAUAUAAAGAUGCUUUCUAUAAUAUAAAUUUCAAAGCUCCAAUUUAUGAAGGUAAACCAUUUAUUAGAGUCCAAGACCCCAAACAUGCCAAAAAAACUGCAAGACUUUUAUCACUCGGAAUAAGCACAAUGCAUUAUGAUCAGCUUUUUGAAUUGGCACAUCGAUCACAACAUUUCAUUUUAAAACGUGAUGUUUUGAAUGUAGACAAACAAGAUGAUAAUGCAGCCUUACGCACCUUUCAUUCAAAUAAUUUAAUGCAAAUUCCAGUUAAUGGCAACUUAACUGAAGAAUCUAUUGGACUUUUUGUAUAUCUUUUUGUGUUAGAGUCUUUAAUUAUGCUUAUUAUUGCACAUCAUGAAUAUUACUCUCUGUUUCCCUUGUUUCCAUGGGAACAUGGAACUGAGGGAUUGGAACAUAUUUUUGGAAUUUCUAGAAGAAUACUUCCUGAUUUUAAUUUUAAUGAGUUUUUUAAAAUACAACAAAGGGUUUCAUAUCGUGAUAAAAUUGCUCGAGCAGGAAUAAUAGAUACCAGUAAAGAUCAUAAUUCAGCAGCAGGCUAUGUUUUUGACAUAGAUGGCACUUCAUUACCUCAUGAAACAAUUGAAAUACUUCGCACUUGGCCUACCACUGAUGAUAUCAAAGAAUCUACUGUAAUUGCAUUUAAUGAAGCCAUGUCCUUAGCAAACUACCUUCAUAUAAAGCAUAAUGAAUACACAAUCCCACCAAUUAUUACAUCCACAGAAAAUAUGAAUAAUGCUUUUUCAGAAGAUAAUGGAGAUCAAUAUUGUGAAAUAAAUGACUCUUCCAAUGAAUUAAAUUUAGAAUCUAUAUCACUAACUGGUAAUGCAGCUUUGGAAGUAGCUCGCUUAUUAUCAAACUUCCCUGAUAUUCAAUACAUUCAGAAUUCUCAAGUUGUUCCUGUUGCAUUUCAACCAUUUCAAUUAUUCAUUGCAAAUAAUGUUUUAGAUAUUACAGCUAUUUUAGAAAUUCGUAAAAGUCAUGAUGCAUUUUCUCAUAAUCUUCAAUCUAAUUUUAUUAAUUCACAACAAAUAAUAAAUACAAAUAAUAGUGCUACAAAUGGGAACACUUUUAAUAGAAUUAUUACAGAAAUAGCAGCAAACAAUGUUAAUGAAGUUCAAAGAAGACAACGUCGGGAUUGA